GGUUUGUAGAUUACAUAAGGCUGUCUAUGGUCUGAAACAAGCGCCUAGAUGUUGGUUUGCAAAGUUGACAAAUGCGCUUAAGAAGUAUGGGUUUCAUCAUUCUUAUUCAGACUAUUCAUUGUUUACGUAUGAGAAGAAUGGUUUGGAGUUGAAGGUUCUGAUAUAUGUCGAUGAUCUUAUUGUGUGUGGCAAUGAUAUGGAGUUGGUUGCUAAAUUUAAAGAGUAUCUUGGACGUUGCUUUCGUAUGAAGGAUCUAGGGAAGCUCAAGUAUUUCCUAGGGAUUGAAGUUGGAAGAGGAGAGGAAGGUUUUAUGCUUACACAGCGUAAAUAUGCACUUGAUAUUAUUGAAGAGACGGGUCUACUUGGUGCCAAACCAGUGGCGACACCAAUGGAACAAAGACAUCAGUUGGGAACUGACAAAAGUGCAUUUCUGAAAGAUGCAAGGAAGUAUAGACGUUUGGUAGGGCGCUUGAUAUACUUGGCUGUGACAAGACCAGAUCUUACCUAUGCUGUCCAUAUCUUGUCGCAGUUCAUGCAGACGCCGAGAGAGAAUCAGUGGGAGGCUGCUUUGCGAGUGGUUUGAUACUUAAAAGGGACGGUUGGUCAAGGAAUUCUGCUGACUUCUAGUUCUGAUUUCAGCAUCUCGGUGUAUUGUGAUGCUGACUGGAACUCGUGUCCUACUAGCCGCAGAUCAGUAAGUUCUUUUGUUACUCUUGUUGGAGGGUCUCCUAUCUCUUGGAAGACUGAAAAACAAGAUGUGGUGUCGCACUCUUCAGCCGAAUCCGAAUAUAGAUCCAUGUCUGAGGCAACGAGAGAGAUCAAAUGGCUUGUAAGGUUGGCAAAAGACUUGGGUUUUGAACCUAAAGGAGCCGUUAAGCUGUAUUGUGACAGCAAAUCCGCCAUAUAUAUAGCAGCUAAUCCGGUAUUCCAUGAGCGAACUAAACACUUUGAAUCUGAUUUUCAUAACAUCAGGAAUGCGAUAAAGGCUGGCCUAAUCUCUACAGUUCAUGUUCGCACCAAUGAGCAGCUAGCGGAUGUACUAACCAAAGCACUUGGGAGAGUUCAGUUUGAGAAUCUAUUGUUCAAGUUGGGUGUUCGAAAUCUUCACACUUCCAACUUGAGGGAGAGUAUUAGAUAAAGAUAGUAUUUAUCUAGUAUAUAUGUUAGAGAUAAAUAUGGAUUGAGUUGUGAUAAGCUUGACGUCCGAUAAGUCAGCUAUCGACACUUUGUAUAAAUAUCUUUGUAAAGUCAUGAAUAAGGGAAACACGUUUACUAAUAUUCACGCAAAUAAAGAAAAUAUCUGAAGAUGGCGAAGAAGAAGUGUGAGCUAUGUGACGGUAUAGCCGCUGCUUCUCCUCGCCGAUCCAUAGCCACCACCACCGCGAGACCCGUUGGCUUCCAUUGCGCUGCCAAUCCCGCUUCGUCUUCUUCCGUUAUCCAUCGCUGUUUCAGCUCUGAAUCAGCGGAGACAAUAGCGAAGAAGAAGGUGGAGGAUGUUAUGCCCACUGCAACUGGACACGAGAAGGAGGAGCUUGAAGCUGAACUUGAGGGGAGGAGGCUGCUUAACAUUGACUUUCCUGAAGGUCCCUUCAGAACAAGGAGCAGCUAAAAUUGGUGCGGGAGGAGAUUCGUGUUUGGUCUCUGUUCCACCAUACUAAUCUGCUUCCUCUUCUUGACCAUGCCAUUAUUUCUGUUAAGUGUAUGUUUCUGUGUGUUGGAACACGAAAAGUGAUUCUAGAGUCAGCGAUCUUGACAACGGUUGUGGUGCUUUCCCUCACCGUGUACACCUUCUGGGCUGCUAAGAGAGGAUAUGACUUCAACUUCCUCGGACCAUUCUUGUUCGGUGCUCUCAUCGUGCUCAUUGUCUUUGCCAUGAUACAGGUAACGCCACUUAUUCCAAACUCUAUGCCAUAAGAAUUCCAGAGAGUGAGAGAGUUUUAAUCUUAGCUAGUGAAAUGUAGUAGCGUUUUGGUUGUAUUUUCAGCUACAAGUAAGAAACUUGCACCUCGUGCAACUAAUCGGUUUUCAUCAAUAAUUGAAAAAAAUAUAUAAAGAACCUCAAACGAGAUCUCCCAUUAGACCUUCACAAAACUAAUUACAGUAAAACCUCUAUAAAUUAAUAAUGUUGGGACUAUACCAAAACUAUAAUUUUUUUAUUAAUUUAUAGUGAGACUAUAAAAUUAUAUUAUUUUAUAAAGAUUUUUAGCGUAUAUUAAUUUAUAAAUUAUUAAUUUAAAGAUAUUAUACUGUAAUUAACAGGGGUUCUUAAUUUCAUAAAGUACACACUUAAUAUCUUUCUCUAUACUCUGUAGUUCUUGUCAUUUUUACCAAUUUCUUUUAGUAUGUAAUGAAAUGAUAAAUUUGAAGAUAAAUGAUUUCCUUUGCUUGCUA